CACUGAACCAGUUCACUCUGACACGCACCGUUCAAAUGAACUUAUUCUGAACGAAACGUCACAGUCGCAGUAAAAAAGAAGAAGAAAAAAGAAGAAAGAAAAAACAACAGUGUACAUAAGAUGCGUGCAUCUGUGUAUACAUAUGUAUAAGAAGAGCGCGGCAUAGAAACCGCCGCCAAACGCAAAGAAAUUCAUUCAUACAUACGUACAUAUAAGUGUAUGUAUGUAUGCUACACACACAUACAGACACGCGCGCAACGACGAACAACAACAACAGCACUUGAAGGCGCCCCGAAAAUAAUAUUGUACGUAAAUUUUAAUUAAAGCAAGCAAAAAGAAACAAACAACAGAACAGCAAACAGCAAAAGGAAAAAACAAAAAUCAAUAGGCGAUAAAAAAAAAAAAAAAAAAUAGUGUUAUCAGCGUGUUUUCGUCAUUUCGCUUUGAAAUUGAAAUUUGUUGUUGUCGUCCCGCUAUUCAAUAUUGUUGUUGCUGACAUCUCUCACUGAUAUUUCGUCAACACAAAUUUGUUGUUGCUGCCGCGAGCCCAAAGCGCGGCAGCGGCAACGACAUCGGUUCGUUUACGUUGCGUAGACGCCGCUGACGCGGACGCUGACAAUGUCUGUGCAGCAAUUCUGUCUGCGCUGGAACAAUCACCAGCCGAACUUCAUAUCCGUUUGCUCGUCGCUGUUGCACAAUGGAACGCUGGUGGAUGUCACGCUCGCCGCGGAGGGUCGUCAACUGCAGGCCCACAAAAUCGUGCUCUCCGCGUGCAGCUCGUACUUUCAGGCGUUGUUCACCACAAAUCCGUGCCAGCAUCCGAUUGUCAUACUGAAGGACGUACAGUACGAUGAUCUCAAGACGAUGGUAGAUUUCAUGUACUACGGCGAGGUGAAUGUGUCGCAGGAACAGCUGCCGCACAUCCUCAAAACGGCCGAGAUGCUCAAGAUCAAAGGGCUGGCCGAAAUGCCCACAGAUCCGGCAAACCUCACCAAAUCCGACAGCAAGUCAUCCAGCGAAGCCACUGAGCUGCUGGGCCAAACUGGCGCCAAUGUUGCCGCUAACACCAGUACUGCGGCCUCCAGUUUGGGUGCAGCCAGUGCCAGCAGCAGCGCAGGUGAUUCGCUCUGGAGCAGCAGUGAGGCACAACAAUUCCAGCAGCAUCAUCAACAGCAGCUACAACAACAACUGCAGCAGCAGCAGCAACAACAGGCCCAACAACAACAGCAGCAGCAACAACAACAGCAGCAGCAACAGCACCAACAACAACAACAACAGCAGCAACAACAACAGCAGCAACAGCAACAUCAUCACCACCAUCAUCAUCACCAGGCACAGCAGCAGCAACAGGGCAGUCAAGCUCAGGGUUCGCAGACGCAUCAUCAUCAACUGAGGCGAACGCCAUCCCCGCUGAGUGCUGGCACCUCGCCGGCCACGCGACGCAAACGCUUGCGCAAAUCCUCGAAUAACGGUGAGUGCGACUUGGGCUCUGGAGAACGCAACAACUCAGAGGAUCAGCAUAGCAGCUCGCUGGAUGCAGCUGGUGCUGGCAGUGCAGCCGGCCUCAGUUUGGCGCAAAUGAGUCAAAUGUCGUUUGCCGCUGGCGGUGCUGGCAGCUCGGCAGCAUUGGGCAGCCUCUCGGGACAUGCGUUGCAUGGCAGCAAGCUGAUCAAGGAGUCGACGAGCACUGAACUGGAGCAACAGCCUCAGGAUUCUGAUCUGGAUGACGCACACGGACACAUACAUAUGCAAAUUGUAAUGAAAUUGAAACCCGAAGUGGAUAUUGGUAGUGUGAAUCAAUCGAUGCCGCUGGAUAUAUCGGGCGCGACAACACCAUCGGAACACGACGCCCCCAAUUCGCAAUCGUCGCAUUCGGAGCCCAGCCCAGCGCAUGCCACUCACUCGCAUCCCACGCUCGCCAUUAGCCACACCCAGAGUCAGAGCCAGAGCAGUGGCAGCGGCAGCGGCAGCUUCGAGCGCACGCCAAGCGAGACGGAGACGGUCACGGAUCUGCAGACGUCGCAGUCAUCGCAGGGUGUGAUGGGCUCGAAGCGGAAUCGCGUGCUCACACGUCAGCCGCGUGUCAAGCGGGACAGCGAUAGUAUGUCGUCUAACAAUCAAAUAUCUCCGGAUACGGCGGCCUCCACACUUGACUUUGAUCCGUUCAAUGCUGCAGGCACAACGACGGCCACCGCCAGGGAUUAUUCGACGCAUCAUCAUCAUCAUCAUCAGGCGGCGCAUCAUCAUCAGCCGCAGCAGCAACACCAUCAUCAUCAUCAUCUGUUGACGGUGCCGUCGCGGAUCGAACGCCAUGCCUCGGAACCAGCACCGGGCAUCGCAUCGGGUAGUCCGCAUCUGCUAAGCGUGCCCACUAGCACACCAUAUCUGAUCAAGCAGCAUUCGGAUCCGUUGCUGCCGCGUCAGCACUCGUUGCAUGCCACCGGCUCGGCGGGCAUAACGGGCAGCAAUCCGUUUGCGCCAUUGCAUCGUCAGUACUCGCAUCCGUUGUCCGGCACUAAUGCUAGCUAUGUACCGCCAGCGGCAUUGCAUCAUCCACAUCAUAUAUCGUUGCCCGAGUCAAUUUAUGCCUCUGGCUCGCCGCCGCCAGCGGGCUCAUCGCAGUACCUGGUCCCCACCCGUGUGGUGACAUCAAGUGAGACCGCCGCCACGCCCACCAACUCGAGUGGCACGCCCGUCUCGGUGGUCACUUCGCCAACGGCCGGACUCAACAGCAGCAGCAGUCGCCAGGCAUUCUCGCCCACGUACGGCGGCAGCUCGGAGCCGACUCCCAUUCCGGAAAGACGCUCGCCGCACUCACCGCUGACGAACGUGAUCGAGCGGAGCAGCAGUGCCAAGGUAGAGAACAAGUUGCGCAGCUCCAAGUCAACCGGCUCCAGCAUUCAUUUGCAUCCGGGGUCAACGACGACGGCGGCAACGACGAGCGGUUCAUUUGAGCAUUUGCCCACGCUGCGCGUAAAGAACGAGGAACUGCAGCGUUCAGUGUCGUCGCCACAGACACAUCGGGAAAUCAUUACGUUGGAGAAUCCACGUUCUAGUCAUUGUCCCGUCAUACGGCCGGGUCCGGCGCUUGGCUGCAACUUCUGUUGGAACACCAUCGAUGGACAUAAUCGCAUUUUGCGCCGCAAAACGAAAUUUCACUGUCCAGAGUGUCAAACGAAUUUAUGCAUUGUUCCCUGCUUCCAGGAGUAUCACGAGCGGCUCAACAACGAAGCAGCCGCUGCCACCGCCGCCGCCAACAGCAGCAGCAACAAUGAGAAUCCUCAACAGUUGCAAGCUGCACCUGCUGGAGGCGAUGGCAACUCGUAUGCACCGGCUGGGGGAAGUGGGUCUGGUCGGGUUUAUACAAAAACCGAAUCGAUAUAAGCCCUGAGUGCCAUUGGCUUAAUUUUGAACACACUCUCACACACACAUAUACAUACAUACACAUUUUUGUAUUUGUGACAGGACGAACCAUGCCCUUUCACCCCCCAAACAAAAAAGAAAGAAAUUAUGAAUGAUGGGCGUUUGUCGAAUUUGUUGUUUGUCGCCAGGAGAAGAUAGAUGUGUGCACGCUGCAUGACAUUUCAUGGCAUUCACAGCACACUGCUUCAUCCUGCAUCGAAAUUUUUAAUUGUCACAGUCCCACUGUACUCUGUAUCAUGCACGCCAAGUGCUGACAAGUACACGGACUGUUCAUGCGCUUUUUCCAAAGUGCAGCAAAAUUUGUUUUUGUAGCUGCGCCACAAAUAAACUGGGCGCAGUGUUGUAAAGUACGCACAUUCACAUACAAUAUGUAUGUAUUUGUGCGUAGGUGGGAACACUUUUUAAAGUAAUCACAACCGAGCUCUAAUUGUAAAUUGUAUUGUUGCAUAAGAAUUGUAUAUGCAUACAUAUACAUAUAUUUGUAUAUUCUUGUACAAAUUGGAAAUAUAAAAAAAAAGAAAAUUAAAUGAAAGUAAAACGUGAAAUAAAGCGUAAACUAUUGAAGCUCGAAUGAACAGUCUAGGUAUUCAAAAUAAAAAAUCGUAUACAUGCAUACAAAACACACACAUACACACCUUACACUACAUACUUAAGUAACUUAACUUCCCGCCAAAAAAAAACAUUAAAAACGAGAAACAACUUGAAUUGAGAAAGCGUAUCCCACGCUGCGCAGGCGCACGAUUUUUUGAAUAGGAUAAAAAAAUAACCUGGUAAACUAACAAACUUUUGUGUUAAAUAAAUGUUUCGCAUAUAAUGCACAUACAUACAUAUAUGUUUAUGCAUCAAGAAUGUGCGCAUGUGUGAAUGUCAAAUAUGUGUUGAUAAGUGAAGUAAUUUGUAAAUCGCGAACCGAAUUAUUUUGAAUAAAAUUUUGGCAAAUGCAAUGUUUUUAAAACAGGCGCAAACUAAUCGAACCGAAAUACAAGCAAACUUAACGUAGUACUUCUCUUCUUAACUGAUCUGUUAAGCAUUAAACUUCAUUAUUGUGUAGGGCAAGACUAUUACAUACAUAUGUAUAUCAAGAGUACAAAGUGAAUGAAAGUAAUGGAAGUUUGGAGACACAUAAAUAAACUGAAUGCCAAGUGAAUCAACGUAAAACAAAACUAAACAAAAUAUAGCAAAUCAUUUUAUUGAUCUUAGUUUUAGGAAGCGAUUGUGAAACUACUACCUAUGUAACAAAAUUGAAUAAUUUUGUUUAAUACGACGACGGUGCACGCUUUUGAAUUAAUACUAUAAAAGAAUAGUUUACAUUUGGCAUUGAUUUAAAAAAAAAUUAAUCGUUCAACGGAUUUCACUGUUUAGAGCGUGCACUGUAUUUAUGUUUUGUGCGACGUGGGAACAGUUUACACAUACUGUUCCCAUUCACGAAAAUCUAUGCAGCUCAUGAGAUAUACUUAUUAAGGCAAUCACUCAUGAU